GCUCACCAGACAAAGAGUGAGCCUUCAUAUCCCCAGUGAAUGUCACUAUGACUAAUACUUGGCUUUCCAUGCAAUAUAAAAGAGUCCGCUACGCCUCCCUAUGACCAAACCAUGGAUACCACACUGUAAACUCGCAACCGUAACAUGAACGACGACAUGGAGGAAGACGAAGACGACGACACGGACAAUAACACAGACAGCAACGCUGAAGAAGUCGCAAGCCUAUCCUGCCCAAUGAUCAUUGAUCUAGCCACAGAGAAAGAAAAAAAUCUCACGACCAAUGUUCCAGCCGACCAUCUACCCCUCAAAGACCACAUCGAGAAAGUGUCAUCCCUAACACUCGAUGAGACCAUACAAGCCAUCUCUGAUCUCAUUUCCGGGCUUGCUGUCGCUGUUGCAUCAAAUGGAGAAUACCUUCUCGCCCACGACAAGCAUGAGGGCACUGUUGGCCUCGACCGACUAUGUGAAGUGUACGACAACUGCGCAACGCGCUGGCUGGACGAGCAUACAACUCUCCAAACACAUUCUCUGCAGGGCUCUCUCGACACAUUGGUAUUAUCCCUUUACCGGUUCGGUGAUCUUGUUCUGAACGCAGGACGCACAUUAAAUGAAGCUAUGGAACCUCCGGACGAUUGUGGGCACCAAAGCGCCACACAAGUACGUGUUCUCAACGAGGAGGUCUAGGAAGGUGCACUUUCUCUUGUGCAAAAUGCUUAAAGAGCUCUAUGGUCGGAUGGGCUACUGAAAUGUAUGUACGCAAUCUGGGAUCAUGAUUGAGGGCCUCCGGGCAGGUUGAGGAUUUCAUUGCACACCAGGCAGCUGAGGCGGGCUAGCAAGCUCCCUUUCCUUCUCUCCUUUUGCUUGGGGUCAUUUCCUUUGUCAGUUGAUUAUUAUCUGUUUAUUUAAGGGCUUUUGAAUUGGGAUCAUGCUGAAACUCGGUCCCUCCAUCCAUUCUUCAUGAGUAGAUGGAAUGCGGACCAGUUUCGGUUGUUCUCCCUACUCUGACCUCUCAUUGUUGGCCUUGAUUUAUUUCUUUGACUGGGGCUUUUCCAUCCGGGGUGAUACAGAAACCGAGUCCCUCCAUUGAUAUCCAUUGUGGUUGUUAAGUGGAACGCGUGACAGUUUUGAUAGCAUCAUUCCAAUGAGAAUAGUCUGCAUGUAUUUUGCGACACUCCAGUCGAAGUCUAAUACAUCGGUCUUUAUCUGCCAUAUACAUAAUUCUACUCAACGUAUGUCGUAGUAGAUCCAAUCACCCAUAAUUAGC